AUGUGGUCAACAAGUGCUAUACUUUACCUCAGUGUCCUUGGCAUUUUGCGAGGAUGCUACGCAAAUGGCCAACAGAGCUGUGUUACAAUAGUUGCAACAGCUCCACUUGGUAAAGCAGUCCCAACUGUUAGCCAGACCCGGACAGUUACAGGCAAAUUAAAGGUCAUUGUCAACAGAACGCCUGUUAUUGUUGUUCUUCCUCCAAAAAAGACUUCUUUCAAACCCUUCUUUAAGACUACUACCACUACAAUUAGUAUUCCUCAGUCAACAGAUGUCGUUAUAAGCACAACUGUCACGACUAGUGUCACUACUUCAACUUCAACAUCUGUCAUCACAUCGUCAACGUCGACUGAUUCAACCUCAACUUUGACCAUGCCUGGCGCAACGACAGUUUCGACUCCAUCUGCCUUCACCCCAAUCUUUUCAAGCCUGCCUAACAGCGCCGCCAAGAAGAAGAAACGCCAUGCUCUGGGAGGUGCUGCUUCUCCUUUAGCACUAAAGAGCAAGCGAGCGCCAAAGACGUCGCCCAAAACAUACCCCAAACAAGUGAAUUGUCUUACUACUGUGACAUCCUGGGUACGCUCAACAGUCAUUCGUACGGCUACCAAGGUUCAGUUCGUCACGCGAGACCCGAUAACAACAACGAUAUCAACUACCAAAACCUUGACUUCAACGUCUUGGCUCAGUACCCCUGAUGCCUUGUCAACUUCGUGGACUACCAGUACAAUUCCAUCAACAUCUAUCACUACAUCCACAACUACGACCUGGAGCACCUCUACCAACACAGUCGUCGUUCCGACUUACACGGCGACUGUCUAUGCCCAAUGUGUCAACACCGACUCCAAUAGCGUUCCGAACAACAUAGCCGGCAGUGAUCUCGGUUUCGGUAUUCAAUCAGCGACGGUGCCCUUUUCUCAGGGAUACUACCAAGCUUUCAGUGGUUCUGCUACUACUCCGCUGGCUUGCUGUAAUGCGUGUGCUGCGCUACCACUUUGCGCUAUGUCAGAGUUCAAUGGAAGCAACCAGGCCGGGCGGCAAUGUCUACUUAUAAUAUCGACUCAUGCUACUUGCGCCUUUGGCGAUUAUACCGGCCAGGCUGUCAUCAGCGUGAACGGGCAAACCACUGCAGCGGAUUCAGGGUUGUUUCUGAGUAAUGGAAAUUGUGGAAUGUUUAAUAGCCAUAACUAGAAUCUGCCAUUGAACUUCUAUAUAUCCCCUCACAAUAAGAGAAAAUGCUGUGAUGAUCAUCUUCCA